UGUAGACACAAACCAACACUAACCGCAAUCGAUGCAUAGAACGUACACAAUACAAGUAUAAUUUACGUCUUCCCCAUGCUGCUUGUGCAAAACAGAUCAAUUUAAUCAGUCGCUUGUGCUCCGUCAUGGAGUUAUGUCUAUUGCCAAUUGUACAAACAAAAUGAAAAUUAAUGUCUGUGAUAUGAAUAAGUGAGAUUUAUAUUGUGUGUGUGUUAAAAUGUUUUAUUGAAGAAACUAAAAAUGCAUUUUUAUUUUAAAACUGGCCCUGGUGUUCAUGUUAUAUGCAUACAGAAGAGAAGUAAUUUGGGGAAUACACAAAAAUGGAAGAUGAUGCCGAUAUAAGAGAACAAAUUUUUCACAACAAUGUCAGAGAGCAGAUUAUAUUUCUAUUACUCUUUCUUCUGCUGUAUUUCUCUUCGUACUGGCUGAUUGGAUGGUUUCGUCGCAAAGAGCGCGAUGAUUUUUACACUUGCGCCUACGACGACGAUGGCGAGGCGACGGUGUACAGAAUCAGCCUAUGGCUCUGCACCUUCGCGCUUGCAGUCAGCGUGGGAGCAGCACUUUUACUACCUAUGUCUAUUGCAAGUAACGAAGUGCUGAUACUGUAUCCCAACAGCUAUUAUGUGAAAUGGCUGAACAGCUCACUGAUUCAAGGAUUGUGGAACCAUGUAUUCUUGUUUUCAAAUUUAUCACUAUUCGUACUUCUGCCAUUUGCGUACCUGUUUGCGGAGUCUUCCGGAUUCGAAGGAACGCGAAAAGGAGUGUUGGGCAGAGCUUACGAAACCGUCACAGUAUUAACCUUAUUGGCGGUUGUCGUUUUGGGAAUUACUUAUGUUAUGUCGGCGUUAAUUGACAAGGAUAAUUCUAGUAUACAGACUCUACUAAAUUUGUGGAGUUAUUACUUGCCUUUUCUGUAUUCGUGCAUAUCAUUUUUGGGAGUGCUUAUGUUAUUAGUGUGUACACCCUUAGGUUUUGUAAGAUUAUUCGGAGUAGUCGGGCAAUUUUUAGUCAAACCUCAAUUUCUCAGGAAUCUUAAUGAAGAAUUCUUUGCCUAUUCGUUAGAGGAAGAAACCACUAGAAGAAGACUGAAACAUGCCAUAGAUACUGGUCAAGGAUACCUUAGCCCUACACCAAUGGCGCCUCCUCCUUGUAGUCCAGUCAUGGAUGAUGAAUUUGACCAAACAGAUUUGCCGUUGUCAAAAACAUUGUUAUUGAAAAAUGGUUGUUUACAGCGAGGUUUGAAUGAAAGGCUUUUGCAACUAACUCAAACAAGACAAAUUCUCGAUAAACAAAGGCAUACAUCUGCUUUACAGAGGAACCUCGUUUACCCUUUGGCGAUGUUGCUUCUUUUGACUUUGACUACGAUUACAGUUUUAAUGGUAUUGCAAAACACUUUAGAACUAUUAAUUGGAAUCAAAGCACUACCCUUGAGUUCAAGGCAAUUCACUCUUGGUAUAAGUUCAUUAUCUAAACUUGGACCUUAUGGAGCCGCUUUAGAAGUUACUCUGAUUCUGUAUUUGUUUGCUACUUCGUCUGUGGGACUAUAUUCUCUACCUCUACUGUCCAAAGUACGGCCCAGGCCCCGUGGAACGCCCUUAUCACAUGUCAUAGCAAAUUGUGCCUUGGUGCUGGUACUGAGUUCAGCUCUGCCUUUGCUUAGUAGAAUUUUAGGUGUCACAAACUUCGACCUUAUGGGUGAUUUUGGGCGCAUAGAAUGGUUAGGAAACUUUCGAAUCGUCCUGAUGUACAACCUAGUAUUUGCAACUGCAGCUACCCUAUGUCUUAUGAAUAAAUUCACUGCAACUGUACGCAGAGAAUUAUAUGCCCGGCUGAGGUCACUUCUGAGCUACUUUACUUCCGACAAUAACGAAAGACAAUCUUUCUCUAGAAGGGAAUCUAUAUCUACUGCAAAUACUUCUGCCUAUCACUCGAAAGAAGAUUGAUUUUCUAUUGGUAAUCAUACAUAAUUUGAUCCAUGUAUAAAUAUAAUUGUUCACUAGUU